UAUUUUUUGAGAAUAUGCCACAAAAGUCAUAAACCAUUAAAUCCAUUAUACAUUGACGCAUGUAAUAUUCCUUCCACCACAAAACCAAAAGGGCAUUUACGUCAUUUAACCCAACCCAAACUGUAAGUUAACAAAAACAUUUAUAAAAAGCAAAGAGAGAGAGACUCUUCUCUCAUACUAAAACCAAACCCAUCAAUGGCGACGACGGCGACGAGAAAGAGCUAUUACCAACGGCCGAGUCAUCGCUACCUUCCCACAUCAGAUCGAUCUCACAACACCAUCACUAACGAUUCAGAAUUCGAGUUCGACGAGUCCGAUCUCUACUCCACUACUACCCGAUCCGAUUCGUCUGAUCUUCGCCGUAAACUCUUCGCUUCAUCGAACCGUCGAUCAUCUCCGGCCGCCGCGAAAACCACUACGGUGGUAUCUUCGUCUCUACCGGUUAACGUACCGGACUGGUCUAAGAUUCUAGGGAAAGAGAAUAACCGCCAUGUCCGGAGAAAAAGCAUCGAAAACGACGAUGACGGUGGCGGUUACGGCGGUGUCGGCGGAGGAGGAGAGGUAUUACCGCCGCAUGAGUAUUUGGCGAAGACGAGAAUGGCUUCGUUCUCUGUGCAUGAAGGUGUUGGGAGGACAUUGAAAGGGAGAGAUAUGAGUAGGGUUAGAAAUGCAAUUUUGGAAAAGACUGGGUUCUUAGAUUAAUUUCUUAAAAGUAUAAGGUUCUCUCUUUUUUUUUUUCUUGAGGGUUUAUAUAUAUUUUUUACUGUUUUUACUAAAAUAACUGAUGAGAAGAGGCAUAUAAUAUUUUCUAGAUUACGCCUUUUUUGUAAUUUUCGGAAUAUUGCAAAGUUUUUAAUGUUGAGUAUUUUACAGUUUAUAAAUUAAUAUUUUUUUCAGUCCUUUA